UUGACAGCUAAAUGACAGCUGAUGUUGUGUGUGUGUGUCAAGUGUUGCGUAUUUUUCAUUUAUUUUGAGUUUCCCGUAUUGUUUUCACUGUUUAUUCUUAGUUUUGUAAUAAUAUCGAUUAAAAAUGAAUAAUGCACCUCAAUAUUCAUUACGUUGGAAUAAUUAUGUUAGUCAUGUCACGGACGCCUUCAACUUGUUACGUUUGGAGAACGAUUUAGUAGAUGUCACAUUAUGUUGUGAUGGUGGUAAAAUUAAGGCCCACAAAAUGCUGUUAUCUGUAUGCAGCAAUUAUUUCAAACAGAUAUUCAAAGAGAAUCCCUGCCAGCAUCCUGUUAUAAUUUUUAAGAAUGUGAAGUUUGAGGAUUUGAAUGCAAUUAUAAACUUUAUGUAUCAUGGGGAAGUGAACAUAUUCCAGGAACAAUUGGAGUCAUUCCUCAUUACUGCAGAACUAUUGGAGGUGAAAGGGUUGACAGACAACACAGAAGAGGAGUUGCCAGUGAGCCAGGCCUUGCCCGAGGGCCUGUCACUUGACCUGAGCUCCAAGACGAGAACAGUAAUUGAUGACAUAGUUUUGGCCCCAACAGAAGAGCCCAUUAACUUGGCUACUAUGCAGCCGCCGCGAGAUGACUACAUUCCACAGACAGGCGUUUACAAACAGUACAAUGAAGAUGAGACUGAUAUAGAGCCAGCUAUUGAGCAAGACAUGGUGAUACCUGAUGAAGUAGCAGUGGAUAAUGUAACGGCAGAACCUUCACCUCCAACUGAGGAAGUACAGAUGGAUACUCAAUCUACCUCUGCUGAAGAUUUGUCAGAAAAGAAUAAUACUGAAUCAGAUAUGGUUUUAAAAUUCCGCUGCCAUAUGUGCCCUAAAGGCUUCAAGCAUCCAACUUCGCUCACUCUCCACAAGGACUCGCAUGCGGGAAAGACACAGUGUCCGGUGUGCCAUCGGUCAUUCUCUCGCUCCUAUGAUAUGAGAAGCCAUUUACAAAGAAUUCACCAAGGAAAACAACUGACAAUAAAAGAAAUUAGAUAUAAGGGUAACAGUGAUGCUUCCAAGCAGUUUACUCAUCACAUUUAGUAUACACUGCCUGGUAACAAAUGGUUGCCAUUGUUAUGUAGCAUUAUAAUAUUAUAAUACAUGCUGUAUAUAGAUUUAAGAACUAUAUUCUUAGCACAAAGUGCUUAAUGCCUAUCUAUAUGAAUUAUAUUUUAGUAGAUUAUAUUAUAGUAAUAUGUUGAAUGCAAUAAAAUAAGUAUAUUGAUUGCUAUAUGAAAUUGGAUUAUAUUUUUUAUUUACCUAAUUGUAAUGUCACAAAUAAAAUUUGCUCAGUGCUGUAGCUUUGGCUAUUUUUGUACUAGUCUACAAAUUGUUUUAAUAUAUGUAAUUGUUUUCUAUUAA